GUUUCUAUUUAAUUUUUCAAGUGUUUUUUACUUUUGUAAACCCUCUUACGCAUAACCUUUACACUAAAGGGGAUCCUGUUGAAGUUUACGUUAACACCGUCGGGCCAUACUUUAAUCCCUUUGAAAGAUACAACUACUAUGAUCUUCCUCUUUGUAAGCCACCAAUUAUAGAAACGAAAACAACUUUUGGGCUUAUAUCUACGGGAGAACAACUUUCAAAUUCUCCUUAUAAUAUAAAAUUUUUGGGCUUUGUUGAGAGGGAGAAGAUUUGCUCCUUGCCAUUAAAAACAGAAGAUAUCAGAUUACUUAGAAACGCUGUUGAUCAUCGUUAUCUUUUUAAGAUUUAUAUAGAUGAUAUUCCUUUAAGUAAUUUUCUUGGAGAAUUUCAAGAGGCUGGAGAAAGCGAUACAAAAGAAAUGUUUUUAUAUCGACACUACAACUUUACCGUAUUUUAUCGUGCAAAUCAGAUAAUCUACGCUUCGGUAAAUGUUUCCACUCCUUUCCGUCUCCCCGAAGGAAUUUCAGUGGCGCAGGAAGAUUUUUUAACGGACCAAUUUUACAGCGUUUACUGGGUCGAGACUAACAAAAAUUAUGAAGAUCUGGCGUUGUCCGUUGGGAAUUAUCGACCAUUGGAACUACAGUGGCUCUCUACUGUGCCUGGCACUAUUAUAGUUGUUUUUCUAGCUUUAUUUCUUGCUUUAACUCUUCUUCGCGGCUUGAAAAGCGACUUUGUGCGUUUUUCUAUUGAAGAUUCGGAAUUUUCUGGACUGCUAGAUGAACAGGGAUGGAAGCUCAUUAGUGGAGAUGUCUUUCGUCCGCCCCUAAACUUGCACCUGUUUUGCGCCAUAUUGGGAAAUGGGGCCCAACUGCUAAGUGUCACCUGUAUUCUUCUUCUUAUGGCUAUGCUUAGAGAGCGUGGCCUUUAUUACUAUGCUGAACUACAGCGCAUGACACUCGUGCUUUAUAUAUUAACUUCGCUAAUUUCUGGAACAAUCUCCUCGUACUUUUAUAAACAACUUGGCGGCACAUACUGGAAACGAACUUUACUGACCACCAACUUGCUGUUUAUAGGCCCAUUGUUUCUGGAUUGGUGUGUUAUGUAUUCUUUCUCCCUGUAUUACGGCAUAACUCCCUCCUUGCACUACUCGAGUGUCCUUCUUCUAGUUAUUCUGUGGCUUUUGGUUGGCUUUCCGCUGACUGUGGCCGGUAGUUUAAUUGGUAGAAGAACGACUAAAGUUUUCGAUUUUCCCUGCAGGCCCAACACUAUACCGCGCGAGCUGCCCAAGUUGCCUUGGUCCAAGUCUCGUGCUUUUUACCUUUUGGCGGGAGGUGUAGUCCCUUUCCUAGCACUCCUUUUUGGACUGUUCUGUAUUUUCCAAAACAUUUGGGGUCGACAAAGUGGCCUCUCUUAUGGCCUCCUGGCAGUUGUAUUCACACUCGCGCUUGUUAAUACAGCUUUUGUUUCGAUAUACUUGGUUUUUUCCCGACUGGAUUCUGAGGACUACCAUUGGUGGUGGCCGUCCAUCUUCAACACUGGGUUUUCAAGUGUGCUGCUACUCAUCUUUUCUCUUUGGUAUUACCACUUCUGGUCUCGCAUGCACGGACCUUUCCAGGCUGCACAUUUCUACGGACAUGUUUUUGUGCUCGGCUACUCUAUUUUUUUGAUACUGGGCUUUGUUGGCUUCGUUUCUUCUCUUAAAUUUGUUGUGCACUCUGAAACCGCCUUUUUGUAG